AUGCCGUGGAGAGCCAACACUCUGACUAAAUUUGCUGUAGGGAAAUCUGACGAUGCUACCAGUGACUCUGACCGGGGUUUGGAACAUGUUGGCCUGGAUCCCAGUGCUGUGAAGCCUGGUCAGUUGCACGGAGCUGGAGCCUCAGAGGAUAUCCUUUUUGGAGUUUUUGCGGAAGACGUGCAUGAGACAGAGUGCAAUGAGUUUCAAUGGGAGGAGCCUGACCUUGUUAAGGGUCGAUGCUCGCCGAGACAAGGAGCUUUGGACCUCAAGGCAAAAUUGGCGCCGAGGGGUCCCACACUCAAUGAGGCAAGUUUUGAACAGCACUUGUCUCAUGCAUUUCUCAGCACUAGAGGACAGGUUAAGGUUGUCAUGCCAUGGGAAAAAGGAGUCUUCAAAAAGAUCUUCAAGAAACAACCGGAAGAUCAGUUGCAGAACCUUUUCAAGCAGCCUCGUCAUUGGGUGGGGCUGGAUGCAGUGCCUGAAGUGGAAACGAGUGAAGAGCUGUCGUCGGCUACUGGCAGUCGGCACCAACUGGUCGGGGCCCUUUAUGAGCAUGCAUUGUCAUCAGUUUCUGACCAGUCCUUCUUGCAACAGCGUCAAAGCAUUUUGGAAACUGCGGUAGAGAAAUGGUUCUGCAUCAUCAGAGUCAACAUGCUUGCCUCUUCAAUUGGGCAUGACAUCAUUGGUUUGGGCAACAUGGAGGAGCAGAGAAAAGGUGCAUUUCAAAUCAUAGAAGCGGUGAUAGGUGUCAGAUCCAGAACCACUGCAAUCACAAGGGCCAACGCCUUGCUCAAGUUCUUGCGGUGGAGAGCUGACAACUCAGACAGUGAUGGAAAAGAUUUUUCAGAAACAGAGGCAUGGACCUAUUUGAUUCAUCUGAGAGAGAGCAGCGCUGCGCCCACAAGGGCUACAAGUUUUCUGUCGGCCUGUGCCUAUGCGUUGCAUGUGUUCGGAUUCUUGGGACUGGAAGCCAUCUGCUCUAGCAGGAGGCUCAAAGGUUUGGCGGAGUUGAUGCAUUCUGCAAAAGCCCCUCUGAAACAGGCCCUGGUUUUGACAGUUGGCCAAGUGAUGUUUCUUCAUGGCAAGCUGGCUGAACCAUCAUGCAACCAUGUGGAUAGAGCAAUAGUGGCAUACUUGUUGAUUGCCCUUUAUGGCCGCUGUCGCCAUAGUGAUCUGCAGAAUGUCGAGGAGGUUAUUCUUGACUUUGGCCCUGAGGGUGGGUUCAUGGAAAUAACAACCAAAACCCACAAGACAGCACGAACGGUGGCGCAGAAAACCAAGUUGCUGCCCGUAGUGAUCCCGGCGGUUGGCAUCAAUGGCAGCGAAUGGAUUUCAGAGGCAAAAAGUGCCCUGGAAGAGUAUGGCCUGAAGUUGGAAGGAAUCACCUCGGCAGAGGUCACCCGCUUCCUGCGCCUCAUGCUUGAGGAUGAGGCAUCGAUCCAGAAGGAUACAAGGGUGUCAUCUCACUCGCUGAAAGCCACGGUCUUGUCGUGGUGUUCCAAGGCUUGCAUGGAAGCUUCAGACAGAGCUGUCUUAGGAAGACACGCAAGCGCUUAUGGAGAGUCGAGUGCAGUCUACGCUCGAGACCUUGCUAUUGGUGCUGUGUCCAGGUUGCAGGAGGUGCUGAAGAAGAUCCAUGGAGGAGAGUUUUGCCCUGAUGCAGCCAGGUCAGGGUAUUUCCCGUUGCAGGCCCAGACAUGUGAGGUCGAAUUGCCGCUUGAGAGAGAUGUGGUCAAAGUUGAAGAUGAACAGACUGAGGAGGAGCAGGCAACUGCAGCUCCCGACAAGGAACAAGUGCCUGAUGAAGAACAAUUUGAUGGUUCUUCUGACAGCUCGGAGUCAAUGGAAGGCUCGGAUUCAGGAGAUGAGGUGGUGGAGCCCAACCCCAAGUGUUUCAGACACUUUGCUGUUGGUCCUCUCUCAGGCAGAUUUGUGAUGCACGAUGUUUCGAAGCUGGUCCAUUAUGCAGACCCAAGUUUUGUGGACGGUCGAGGGGAAAAGCAGGAUACCCCCGAUAUGACAGUCACUUCAGCACUUCAAGUGCAAGAAGCUUUUCAGCGUCGCGGCAUAGCGCUGGUGUUCGCCGACCUCAUCACCCAUGAGAGCUACACCAGGACCAAUGUGAGCCAGCUUGUGAAUGCUGACAAAUCUGUAUGGCAGAUGUUACUGGAGGAGGGUGUGCGGCCCAAAAGGGACGAGACGGGGGUGCUUGCUUUGGAUUCAAAGCUGUUGGAGAGUCUCCAGAGCUAUCGUGUGUCCUUUUCCUUGCUGCCGAUGAUUGCCAAGAAAGACAGCACUCCGAGCCCAUCCAAAACAGCCAAACCUUCUGUGAGCCAUGGUGGAAAGGGUGCAAACUUGUCCGUGCAAAAACCCUGGAUCAAGUCGAAAGGUGGCAAAAAAGGUGAAUCAGAUGUGCACAGCCACAAACCUUGGGGCCUGGUACAAUCAGAGUCAGGUUUUCAUUUUUCUACAAGUGAAGAGACGGCGUACCCCAGAGGACUUGCUCAUGCCAUUGCGAGAGUGUUUGCAUCCCUUUUGUCAGUGCAUGGGUGGAAACCUCCUCUUGAACAAAUGCAAGAACAGCCGGAUGUGUCCUUGCGCUCCAUGAAAGCCAUUGCAACCGCGCAGCCAAAGGCAUCAAAAAUGCCGCCAAUAGUCAGAGAGCACAAAAGCGUGGUCUUGAUCACAGGGCCUUUCACUGCACUUGCAACAGCACCAGUAGAACGCAUGCAGAGGUUGAAACAAAGCUGGACUAUUCCACCAUCCUGUCAAGCAAAUGUAGAUCACUUACCUCCUGGUGCCCAGCUGUUGCGUACCACGCCAUUGCGGUCAAAUGGGGGUUUGUUACAGACCAAGCAGCCAGGAGUUGGUGUCUUCGAGCAAGCGUGGGGCAUUCCAUUUAGUCCAGAUGAAUUUAUACAGGAAGCAUUGGAGCGAGGGCAUCCCAAAUCUUUUUCCAGGCUGGUACCCCGAGUGUUACAAACUGCCAUUGAAAACAACUUUGGCAAAGACGGAUUGCACUCCUUACCUUUAAGUAGGAUCCAAUGGUUUGCAAAAUGGACCGAAAGAGCCAAACAACUUCAGCAGCGAGAUAUGGAGAUCAAGAAUGCACUUCCAGACCAUGCAGCCAAGAUUCUGGAAGCAAAACGUUUGGCCUUGUUCAAGGAAAUUUUGGAAGACCUUGAGUAUCCCGAUUUGGGUGCGUUUGACGAGCUGGUUGACGGAACUGACCUUGUGGGUGAAGUGAAGCCUUUUGGAAUUUUUGAAAAAUCAUUCAAGCCGGCGGAGAGAACAGUUCAGCAGUUGAGAGAAGCAAGCAAAUCAGAACGAAUGCUCAAUUUCUUCAAGUGCUCUUCAUCAGGGGACAAGGAAAUCGAUGACAUUGUUUACAGAAAAACGUUGGAGGAAGUUGAGUUCGGUUGGGCCACAGGGCCUUUGCGGUUGGAAGAUUUGCCUGCAGACGCUGUGAUCAGCAGAAGAUUCGGCCUUCGACAGCCCGGCAAGAUCAUUUGGUACAUUGGUGUCAAAGCCCUCAACCUCGUAUGGAGUUGUUUCUUCGACGACUAUGUGAUCUUCAGCCGUGACGAGCAUGUGAACAAUGCGGAGCAGUCCGUGUCUCUUUUGUUUAAACUGCUUGGGUGGAAAUUUGCUGAAGAAGGGGACAAGGCGGAUACCUUUUGUAGAGAAUUUGGAGCGCUUGGCAUUCGCAUCAUUUUGGAUGAAGCAGACAAAG